AUGGCAAUCUUCGACUCUGAGAAGCGCUCUCGCGGCCUUCGUGUGCCCUCUCUCGCAGCACUGAAGUCUUCAGCUUUCCAAAAGAAAUCACCCGAUUCUGUGCCGUCCGACGAGUCAACCUCGCCUAAUCCGGCAGCCUUCCCUGCCCCUCCACCACCAAAGCCGGCCCCUCCGCCGAACAAGGAACUUCCACUUCCCCCGAAAGUGAACAUUCCAGCAGCCUCAUCCAACAACCCAUACUUCCCUCCGAUCCCCUCCGGAAAUGCAAUCCCAGAACGACGCCCAGUUGAACGGGUCCCCGUUCCAACGCAGUCUCCUCCACCUCGGAUGACAGGCAUGCGCAGCAAGAAAUCACAGCCCGAUUUUCACGCGCCUCAACAACAGCCAACUCCAGUGACAUACUCUCCCCCGCCCCAAGUUCCGGUUCCAGCUCCAGCUCCAGCUCCCAUUGACGAGGCCAACUCUCCUCAGCCGGAAGACUUCAUCCCGACCCCAGACAGCGCCGAACCGCCCCUAGCAGUGCCAGAGCUGCCACGCGAGGAGCUAGCUCCCUCACCCUUCGUGCCUCCGGAUGUUGAACCCGUGGCACCGAAGUUGAAUGAGAUCCACCUAACAUGCUACCAACAGCACCGCGCCAUGCCCGUGGCACAGAAUACGUGGUGCCCGAUGCCGUGCAUGACCUGUCAGAAAUUUGACAUUGAGAUCCGGCAUCGCUGCGUGUUCUGCUGCCUGCGCAUCUGCGAGUCAUGCUACCAGAUCCUGCAGAAAUGCAAGAAUCGUUCCGUGGAGGAGUUGGUUGAUCAAAUCGUCGCCUGA